ACAAGAUCGAGGCCAUCCGCGUAUGGCCCGAGCCCACCAACACCACGGACGUUCGUUCAUUCAUGGGGUUGGCAGACUAUUAUCAGCGUUUCAUCACCGGAUACUCAAGGAUUGUCGCACCUCUGACGAGACUACAAUCGCCAAAGGUGCCAUUCGUAUUCGAUGACGACGCGCGCCAGGCUUUCCAAGCACUCAAGACGGCUAUGCUCAUGGCACCCGUCCUUAGCAUCUACGACCCCACUCUGCCUACGAGAGUGACGACUGACGCUUCCGGUUACAGCAUUGGGGCAGUCUUGGAGCAGCACGACGGCGAGGAUUGGCACCCUAUGGAGUAUUUCAGCCACAAAGUGCCUCCCAUCAAUUCUCUGGAUGAUGCAAGGAAGAAGGAGUUGCUUGCGUUCGUCAUGGCUCUCAAGCGAUGGCGGCACUUCCUUCUUGGGCGUCGUAGGUUCACAUGGGUCACGGACAAUAACCCAUUGACCUACUACAAGACGCAGGACACGGUGAGCAGCACGAUUGGACGGUGGAUGUACUUCAUCGACCAGUUUGACUUCACACCGAAACACCGACACUUCAUCAAGGGCUAUCAGUCUGACCCAGAGUUUGCUACGUUGUAUGCGCAACUAUCUUCGGAUCMCCCGCCGGCCAGCCACUAUCGCAUUGCCGACGGGUACUUGCUCCUCCACUCGAGAGGCAAGGACUUACUGUGUGUCCCACGCGACCGCCGUCUUCGGACUCGCCUUCUCGACGAGUAUCAUGAUUCGCGACUCGCCGGCCAUUUCGGAGUCAAUCGCACGAUUGCACGGCUUCGACAACGAUUCCGAUGGCCCGACCUCAUUUCCGAUGUCAUGCGGUAUUGCGAUUCUUGCGAAGUUUGCCGAUGCAGCAAUCCCCGCAACCGCAAUCCCUAUGGCGAGUUACGCCCGAUGCCUAUCCCCCGGGAACCCGGUAUCUCCAUUGCUAUGGAUGUCACCGGUCCGUUUCCUCGAGACCGGCUCGGGCACGACGGCAUCCUCACGGUUGUGGACCGAUUGAGCAAGUAUGCACGUUUUCUUCCUUGCAAGUACUACUCCACAGCUCCCAAGCUGGCACGCUUCUUGCACACCGGUUGGAUUUGUGGCCACGGCGUACCCGAGGACAUAGUCAGUGACCGCGACACUCGUUUCAUGUCGACUUUUUGGACCUCUCUCAUGCAGGUGUCCGGCACGACGAUGAAACCCAGUUCGGCUCGGCAUUCACAAACAGACGGGCAAACGGAGCGGGCACAUCAGACCGCUCAAGUGAUGCUUCGUACGCUCAUCCGUCCGGACCAGAAAGAUUGGGUUGACCGCCUCCCCGACAUCGAGUUCGCCUACAACACUUCAGUGCACCCGGCGAUCGGUGUAACUCCAUUCGAGUUGCACCACGGUGGACGGAAAGGCCGUAUCUUCGCUGAUCUUCUCCUCCCUCGACCAGCCGACAUUGACGCCGCUUGCUCUCUCGCUUCCGUCCGGAAGUACAGGGAAUUGCUGGCUCAAGCCCGCACAAACAUGCAAAAGGCUCAAGUCCGCAUGCAGCAGCAAGCCAACAGGCACCGCGUACCAUGUCCCAUCCACGUCGGAGAUCGAGUUUCGGUCUCCUCGGAAGAGUUUGCAUUGGAACAGGAUGUCUCACGCAAACUACUCCCUAAGUGGUUUGGACCAUGGACAGUGACAUCAGCCGCGGGCGAUGAGCCCGAUGGCCCUUCAUUUGUGAUCGACAUUCCUGAGCAUCUUACGGUCCAUCCAGUCUUUCAUGCGUCAAAGCUGGCAACAUAUACACCAGCUAAGAGCGAUGACUUCCCGGGACGACGAUCGCAGGACCCUCCUUCUAUGGAUGGUCAUCAGGAGGUUGACCGCGUCAUCUCAGAUCACAAGUAUGGCAGCAAGCCGCGCCAGUACAAAGUUACAUUCAGAGCAUGCGAUCCCGACGACACUCGGUGGAUUUCAGGAGCAGAUUUGAAAGCNUUUUUUUAAGUCCAUGGUGUUGUAGAGGCCAGUCACUGAGCACACAGUGAUCACCUGGAGCAGUAGGCCGUGGGUGUCCUGGAAUAUGAGACCAC